CUCACUUUCCGGAUUCCCUGUACUCCAACCGGCAGCAACUCCCGUUUGUCCUAUCAGCCUGUUCCCGAGAGUAGUCGAGCCGUUCAAGGCUACCCUCCGAGCACAAGAUGUGCGCGUGUCCCUGUUCCGGACCACCUCAGACCAAAGCCCCCGCAUCGUGCCCAGCUCCAGGUCCGGGGGGAGGAGGCGGUGGUCGCGGAGGUGCUGCUGGUGGUCCUCCCCAGAAACGACAACCCUGUGGUCCCAAGCCUUGCGGCGGAACUAAGUGCACUAAAUGCGGGAAGGACGGCAAAGGUGGCCCUGGAGGCAAAGGCGGUCCCAGUGGCAGGGGCGGACCAGGCGGUGGCUCCGGUGGACCCUCGGGUCUAAGGGCGCCACCGAACAACAGAGGUCCCGCGGCCCUGGGAUUAGCUGCUCUGCUCUUUGCCAUCGGUGUCUUCGUUACAAUAAAACUGGGUAUUGUGGCCAAUGAAAUUGGAUGAACCCACACAGGACGGGAUUGGCCUAGUCUAGGAUCUCACUCAAGAUCAUAAAUUAGCAAAGGCGUUGCAUUGAUUUGGGGAGGGUACAAAUAAAAUUCCAAA